AUGACAGCUGUCAAAGUUAUUUAUGGGUCAGUUUCUCGUCGGUUCACUAUCGGAGCUGAUACUACUUGGGCAAAGUUAGAAUCUCAACUUAGGACCCUUUUCCAAAUCCCAUCUCAUGCUCAAGUGAUUGCUACUUAUACCGAUGAUGAUGGAGAUAAUGUUACACUUUCAAGCGAUUUAGAACUCGCAGAAGUUCAUUCCCAAAGUUUGGCUGGUACCGCUAUUAAAAUCGUUUUGAAAACUAAUCCGACCUUGGAAGAAACUGCCGCAGCACUUGAACAAAUAAGCCUUGACGAUGAAGAACCUUACGAAGCUAUUUUAUAUUCCCAUUCUGAGACUGAAGAGGCAGAGGAACAAGGAACCUGCAAAGAAAUAUGCGGAGAAGCUUGUGAAGAUAUUACUUGUUCCGCAGAUGAAGCUCAUGAACAAGGACAUACGGAAGGUUGUAGUAGCUCUGAUCCAGAAAUAUACUUUUUCGUUUCUCGAAAACGAUCUCAUCAUGGACCAAGACGUAAUUACUCUGGAUCAGUUAAACUUGAAUCUCAUGGUGGACCAAGCGAAUGUCCUUUUACGGAACGUUUUCGUGGUCAUCAUGGCAGGGGUUAUGGGCGUAGAGUACAUAAACAUGGUGAAGGAGGACAUCCUCACCAUCGUGGGCAUCGAUUCCGCGGGCAUAAACAGCAUAUGAAUAAACCUGAUAGAGGAUAUGGAUACGAAAUAAUUGCGGAUAAAUCAGAAAAAGAAAAAGAACCUGAAAUGGAUAAAUCAGGUCCUAGUACUGGAGAACAUGAACGUCAUCCGCGUCAUAAUAGAAAGUGCGAUAAGAAAGUGAGAUUAAAUUCCAGUGGCGAUGAGAGACCCAGACAUCAUUGCGGGUUUGGACCACGUAUUCAUGGGCAUCCAUACUUCCAUCAAAGGCAUGGACAUGGGCAUCAUGGACGUCAUGGUGAUCAUGGGGAAAUUCCACCUGAAAAAAUAGCCGAGAAAUUAGAAAUUUUGAAUGGAUUGUCCUUCCCGGCAGAAAACAAUGCUCAUUAUGAAGAAUUAUUAAAAAGAUUUCAUGGAAGGAUCGGUCCAGUUGUUGAAGCAGUUAUUAGGGAACAAAGGAAACCUAAAGAGCCAGAAGAUGGUGAACCAGGUGAUGAUGAAGCUGAUUCCAUUAAAACAAUGGAUUAUCAAAAUUCAUCCGACGGUUUUGUUCUACCAUACAGUAAUAAUCUUGCUACAGAAUCGUAUAAUAUAGCUUCGCUACGAACUGCAAGAAGGCGUAUCAUGGCAUACGCUGAUAAUUAUUCUCUUUCGAGGACAAUGACAAAUCACGAGAUAAAUCCAUUGUCUUCUGUAUCAACACAAAAUCAUAUAUAUAGUGUGGAUGAUGAUUCAAGGAAAAGUUCUCAUACAAGUCUUGCAAGCACUAUUGCACAUGAAGUUUCUACCCUUAAUAGUGAUACUCCUUUGAUUGAUUCCUCUACUUCCGCCCCUGAUAACAACAAUCAUUCCUCUUUAAUUUCUCCUUCCGUUCGUUCCUCACGUCAAUUUACUCACAUUCAUAAAAAGAGGUUAUCAAGAACUAUGCAACAUAUUUCCUCUUUUAUAAAACUCACCGUAAAUAUUUCUCCAACUAUCUCAUUUCCUGUUACUAUUGAAAAAACAUAUACGGUCGAAAGGUUGGCCAGACAAAUCGAGGCUGAAUAUGCUUUUAAAUAUGGUGGUAUUGAAGAAAGAUCUAUUCAUGAACCUCUUGAAGUAGGUUUACUUUAUGAUGUUAGUAUGGUUGCAUUGCGAUUUCGCGAUCUCGUAGGUGAUGUUUUAGAACAUGAUUGUGGUAAUGAUCUCGAAUAUGCUGAUAUUGACUUUGAAUUCCAAGAUUUUGAACUUGAUCUUGGCAAAGACUUUAUGUUAAAUAACUAUAGAGAAA